AUGACGACGGCAAUGCCGCUCUGCCGCUCUGCUCUGCAGGUCGUCCUGACAUUGGUGGUGGUGCUGGCCGCCGCCGCGCGCGGCUCGGCCUGCGCCCGCGGCGAGCUGCGGGACCAGGCGCCGCCGGGGUCGCGCCCGCACAGCGUCACCAUCACCGAGUUCGGCGCCGUCGGGGACGGCAGGACGCUCAACACGGUCCCGUUCCAGAACGCCGUCUUCUACGUCCGCUCCUUCGCCGACAAGGGCGGCGCGCAGCUGUACGUGCCCAGGGGCCGCUGGGUCACCGGCAGCUUCAACCUCACCAGCCACCUCACCCUCUACCUGGAGCAAGGUGCCGUCAUCGUCGGCGUAAAGGACUCAUCACAAUGGCCGAUCGUGGAACCUUUGCCAUCUUAUGGCCAAGGGACAGACCUUCCUGGUCCUAGACAUCGAAGCUUGAUAAGCGGAUACAACUUAACUGAUGUUGUCAUAACCGGGAACAAUGGAGUUAUUGAUGGUCAGGGCUUAGUAUGGUGGCAGUGGCUGCGCUCCCAUGAGCUGAACCAUAGUCGACCUCAUAUUUUGGAGUUUCUGUAUUCUGAAGAUAUUGUGAUCUCAAACUUGACAUUCUUAAAUUCACCAGCCUGGAGCAUACAUCCGGUGUACUGCAGCAACGUAAAGGUCCACAAUGUGACGAUUGAGACCUCACUGGACGCUCCACUGACUGAUGGCAUAGUUCCAGAUUCAUGUUCAAACUUAUGUAUUGAAGACAGCACCAUAAGUGUCAGUCAUGAAGCAAUUUCACUGAAAAGCGGAUGGGACAAGUAUGGCAUUUCCUUUGGGAGGCCUACGUCUGACAUUCGUAUUAGCAGAGUGGAUCUGCUAUCAUCUUCUGGAGCUGCUCUUGCAUUUGGGAGUCAGAUGUCUGGUGGGAUUUCAGAUAUUCAUGUUAACCACCUCCGGAUCCAUGAUUCCUAUAAAGGUAUUUCUUUCAAGACAUCACCAGAUGACAGUUUCGACCUGUCGGACCUCCCGACGAUCGAUCAAGUCACCAUGAAGAACAUGGUCGGCACAAACAUCUCGGUUGCUGGAGUUUUGUCAGGAAUCGAUAGUGCCCCAUUCACAGCUAUCUGCCUUUCCAAUCUCAAUUUCUCUAUGGCUGCAGAUUCUGGUUCAAGUUCCUGGUCUUGUUCCAAUGUUUCUGGCUACUCUGAGGCGGUCUUUCCUGAACCUUGCACAGAGCUCCGCGAUCCAUCCUCCAGUUCUUCCAUGUGCUUCUCCCUUGCUAGCUACAGUGCCAUUGCAACAGCAUAA